AUGGCUUUUUCAGAUAAAGGCUUUGGCCGCCUGGACAUCCAGCAGUUCAACUUUGUGAUCGAUCAUGAGGAGAGCAAGGAAGAGAUCCUUCAAUCCAAAUCCUUCAAGAAAGUAGUGAUUAUGAAGGUGGAAGCUUGGAUUCGUGCGAUUCUGGGCUUGUGUUCCGACAAUAAUGAACUGGUUCGGCUGAGAGUGAUCGAUUCCUUACAGGAACUGGGCCACACGAAAAGGAAAAGAGUUCUGCUUUUCCUUCGCAAGUUUCUAACUGAGCACCAGAAUUUGCCAUUGUUCCAACGCAUUACUGUAUUGAAGAGCAUCUUUGUGAUUGUGAAGGACAGCUCUUCACACUUAAGUCGGCCACUGUCAAAAAAAAUCAUCUCUUUGGCUUUGACAGAAAUGACCAAAUUAACAAAUGUUACUGAUGGACACAAGGAAACUGCUAGUAAUCUCCUGCUUAUUGUGGGCUGUAGCUACCCCACUGAAGUUUUCACUGAACUGCAGUCAAUAUUCCAUCGGCCGAUCGCCAUAAAUUUUUACGUUAUACUAACUCUUGCAAACUUAUGUUGUGAGAAGGUGUAUUGUAUUGUCCCAUUGCUCAAACCUUUGCUGGAAACAAUGCUCCUGAUGCUGCGCAUUGAGACAUGUGAGAGAAUGAAGUGGGUGUUCUGCUAUGCCUUCAGCCUUUUCAGUAAGAGCAUUCUCACUUACAUUUCAAACACAGAGAAGACCUCACAACCUCUACUAAGGAAGAAAGCUUUCUACGACGAGUUUUCUGCUGCUUAUGAUAUAUUUUUCCACUUCUGGUUGAACGCGAAGGAAUCCAAGGUGAACGUGGCAGUGGUCGAAGCAAUUGGCCAGAUCUCCUAUCUGCUACCUAAUGACAAAGUGGAGAACGAGCUACCCGUACUCAUUCCAACCAUUUUAUCUAUGUACCAGAAAACAGCCAGUGAUCUUUCUAUCACUAAGGCUAUGUGUGGUGUAUUGCAAACUACCAUGGAAAGAGACAGUAAAAUGUUGGUGCUGCAUCUGGAUUGUCUACUAAUGGUUUUACAUCAACAGGUCUGUAUUACUAUGGAUCAACCCACCAACCCGUUAGCCGAAGCCCAAAGAAGUAAACUCUUUUGCUGCUUCAAACUCCUGUCACCAGCCUUUACUGACCAGAUAAUAAAAUUCCUUUUACUGGAAUUGGAAAUUAACGAUGAGCAAAUUCUACUGGGAGCACUGGCGAUAAUGAGCUACCUGAUCAGUAAUAUCCCUUCACGCCUGGAAAGCCAGAAGAAUCAGAUUCUGAGGAGUCUUGCACUGCCGAUUACAAUGAGAAGUAACAGAGUGAAGGGAGCACUUACCCAGGUGAUAAACUCAAUGGCCACUCAAGGCUAUCUAGAAAUGGAUGGAGGAGUAGAACUGAUUGAGUUCAUAAUUGAACAGUGUGCACUGCCCACUCUGGAGCACAAGAAAGGUUUUGAAAUCAGUGAAAGGAGAGAGGAUUUUGGCCAUAUGGUUAUAGAUAGAGACGUAAAGAGGCAGUAUGAAAAAUUGGUGGAAGAACUUACCACAACUCUGAACAUCGAUAACCUUCUCUGGCCAUUGUUGUUAGAGUUUGUGAUCCCAGUAAGGUACACCAAUGCCUUAGCUACGAUCUGUAGUUCCCUGGUGUACCUUGGAACAAAGAAACAGAAAGCUGGAGCAACAGAGUUUGUUUUAAAUUAUGAGGAGCAUGUAAACCUUCCAAAUUGCCAGGCAUUACUGACACGACUGUUGACCGUGUCUUCAUCCCCUUAUGAAGGGAAUGGUCAAGGAAUCCCUGCCCUAUCUUUACUGCACGUCCUGGGUAUUAACAUUCAUCCUGCAGCAGUGAAAGUAUGGGACAAAGAACUCCCAAUUCUAAUGGAUUAUCUUCGAGAAUAUCCGAAGUAUCAGCUGCUUCAGAAUCAGUGGGAAGAGAAACUGCUACGUGUUUUAUGCCAAACCCUGGAGGAGAUAGAAGACGAGGUGUGGAUUGUCCACCUGAGUGAAGUGAUGAGCAAAUACCUUUAUAGAUUUCACCCUCCUCCCCAGCAGAAGGGGUUUCUCUACAAAUGUUUGGGGAUAGUAUUGCAGCUGACCCAAAACCAGGAAGUGGUAAAGAAGAAACUUCAUGAGAUGUUGCAGAUUGUCCGUCAUGAUGAAGCUUUAGAAAGGGAGGGUGCAGCUAUUGGAAUUGGCCUGUGUGCCCGCACCCAUUUGGAUAUCAGCUUAACUGCAUUGAAGGACUGUUCAAAGCUGAAUAUUUUUAAGAAGACUGCGAGCUUCUAUCAGAUAAUGAAAGACCAGGGUAGCAUUGAGAUAAUGAAAGUGAGAAGCACACUCAUUUUAAGCUAUGGGUAUUUAAUUUGGUAUUCUCAAAAGGAGCUUAUUUUACCAAGAUUGGAGACUGACAUUCUUCAGAAUGUCCUUAACCAUUUCAACAUGAAGAUUUUAGGAAUGAGGGUUCAGGUCAAGGACACAACAAUGAAGCUAAGUCUGAUAAAGACAAUAACCCUCAUGGCCAAGGUGAUCCUCUCCAUGGAAGACCAAGCCAGCUACCAGUUGGCCAGGAAAGCUGAGCUGGUCAGCUAUCUGCAAGACUUCAUCAAGGCUGAGCCAAGGGAUACCAUGAAAACAUCCAUCCGAAAGGCUGCCAUAGAUGCUUGCGCAGCUCUUAUUAUUGUGGAGCCUUUAUUAAGCAACCAUACGGAAUUGGUUAAAGUGUGUUUGAAUAGUGUUUUCAGCCUGGCAUAUUUGGAUGGCAUCAAUGCCAAUGAAAGUAAAGACAUGAACGUAGUCAAGAAGCAGGAACUUUACAAUGAGACGCUGGCAUCUCUAGAAAAUUUUCUGAAGCAAUUUCUAAUUUACCAUUUGUCACCUGACGGUCUUCAGCUUCUUUUUAACAACAUGAUGGUUUGGAUAGAAUCCACAAAGUACUAUGAACGUGAAAAAUCAUUGGAGACCACUCUACACCUCCUGAAAUUUUAUCUGGAAGAAACUGACAUUAAUGGAAAAUCUACAUCUUAUAACUUGGCUGCUGUAACUGGAUGCAUUGUGCUUCGAUGCUCAGAUCCAUCACUCAUUGUGAGGAAAACAGCCAUCGAAUGUUUAUAUCUACUGCUUUGCAUACAGUUACAGUUGGAAAGGUUCCCUAGAAACCAAAGAGGUGGAGCAGUGGAACAUCUGAAAGCCAUCGAAGGUGGAUUAAAAGACACCAACAGUGAUACCCUCUAUCGUGUGUGCACUGAUAUUGGUAAAGUCCUGUCAAAGUGCAUGGCUCAUGACCAGGUAGACACUCUUCUCUUCACUCUUUCGAAAGGACUCACUGACGAGCAAUUAAAUGGCUCCUUUGUGGCUUCUAUUGUUAUGAAUGUUCUCGUAAGGAAGUGUGGAGCCGUCCUUAAUGACAUCCCUGGGAUAAUCAAAGUUCUGUAUGAUCAGUUGCAGUCCAUCACGGAACCUCAGAUAAUUCGUGCUGUGAUACAUAUUAUCUCGAUUCUGGCUUCACAGAAUGUGCUGAUGAUUUUGCCCUUUCUCCUCAAGUACCAAAUUCCAUUCCGUGCAUACAAUAGUGAGAUAUGGCAAUCUCUGCUGAGUGACAAUGUGGUCGCAAAGGCUUCUGUAAAGUACCUACUGGAUAAUUUAAAGUUACUGUAUGAUGAUAGGAAGGAACGCUUUGUCCAAAAGAUGACAAGAUCGGUAACGCAGCAGUCUUUAGUUGUUAUGAGUGCUCUUCAUGCAAUGAUAUGCAGUCCAAAAUCAGAAAGUAUUAUAAACCUUCUGUACCCACAGUUGUUCUGCACGAUUCUAAUUUAUCUCAGUUCCAGCGUCCAGAUCUGGUAUCCUAGGGAAUUUUCAAGAAAGCCAAAGGACUGGAAAACUGUCAGUCUGAUGGAAGAACCUGGUACCACUGAUGUUUUUAAUUACGCCAUCGAGAUAUUACAAGCUGUCUUGACACAGAGAAAGAGAGAUAUAAACAUUGCAAAAAUAGGAAGUUGGGACCACAUCAAGAGUCCAGAGAAACACCGUGAGGGAGUUAUGCUGUUGGCCAGUGCAAUAGCCACAUGCGCUGUCCCUCACCUGAUCAGCAUUGUGGAGCAACUCAUCCCUUUCCUUGCUAAUGUCCAUGAGAAACACCGGAUCACUGUGGCUGCCUUCUUUGCAGAGCUCUUAAAUCACUCCGUGACUUUGGAAUUAUCUCUCACAGAUACUCUUGUGGCAAGCUUGCUUCGAAGCUUGAUUGAUACAUCUCCCACUGUCCAGUGUCUGGCUCUGAAAGGUUUAGGAAAUGUUGCAGCCUCUCAAAAGGUAGAAAAAUACUCAGCCAAGUUGUUAUCUAUAAUGGUUGCAAUGAUACACAAGUACUCUAAAUCCAACAGUCUCAUAACAAUUGAGGCAAUGUCAAGCAUUGCAAAGAUCUUAGGUCAGCUGCAGGGAAAUUUUGCAGACCCUAUUCUGGUGGAUGUGGCACUUACAAUUGAGGCUCUUUUCGAAUACAAGCAGGAUCAAGUGAGAACGUCAGCGUUUCAAGUCCUUGAGAAAAUAAUCCCAGUUGCCAAAGUUCAGCCUGAUGCUGCAUUAAUAGAACACUUCCAUUCGACCCUGAUCAGCUUGCUGCUACAUCUCAAUGAUAGAAGCCAGGAGGUGCGCAAAGUCUGCAAAUCAGUGCUGAAUUUGAUAGGACCAAUCAUGGCAUCAGAGGGCCUGAGUAAAAUGCUUCAAGAGCUCUGUCUGGAGGACGCGACACUCGAUUAUGAGACAUAUUUAAGUGACAUCUCCAAGCACAUUAGCAGAGAAUUGCCUGAUAAGGUCAUCUUCUAUAUAACAAGCUGUGCUGCCUUCUUUAAAAACGCACAACCUGAGAUAAGAGAAAAUGCUGUCACCCUGAUAGGUUUGCUCAUGUACAAUGUAGCGACAGAUUAUUUCAUGGCCUCCGUAGACCCUAUUUGUGAAGAGAUCAAUAUUCUCCUUUCUGAUCCGGUGAAAAGUGUCCGACUCAAAGCUGCCAAGGCAAAUUUUUACAGUGUCUACGAAGAUGAGGAAUGGAUUAACUGUAUUUAUGAAACAUCUUACUGUGACCUCAUCUUGUCACAAGGCUGCCAAAACAAUGUCAUUUCAGUGUGGCUCACUUCCUAUGAUGAUGUAAACGUUGUGUUGGCAUAUUUCAUAGGCAAAGCUAAUACAACGCUUUUCACUGUAUUAUGUAACGAGACAAGAAAUAAAUCAAAUACAGGCACUUAUACCUCCUCAAGCCUUCUUAACCAUCUUAUCUACCUGCCCUGUUAUGCUCAGCGAUCUGUGGACAUGCACAACAUGGUGCCUCUGAUCUUCAGUGUUUUCCAGAGUCCUAUUGGGUUAAGCGCUUGUUUCAUUAAUCCACCCCAAGUGAAUUCCCCCACAGUUUUUCAGAUUGAGUUUCAUUUGCUACUGCUGUGCCCAGCAGAGUAG